GUGAAUUUGCUCACUUUUCGCAUUUUCACUCACGUAGAGAUACGUAAUAGACUCCCUGAUUAUAUUUUCCACAAAGUAUAAAUGUUAUGUUGCUUCACGGACUUUAUACGUCCCUGAACAGUUAGCCAAUCACUGCAGUAAUGCCAAAUUCUGGGUACAGUAGCAUGGAGGGGAUAAUAGUGCAGAUGAUUCUCGUAAAGCACACAAGCUCUGCUCAUUUUAUCCCGAGCACUCACUCUGCUAAGUAGUGUUUCAUCCGAUUUCAAAUACUUGAGCGACAAACCGAUUCAAUUAGUUCUACAACGAAAAAUAUAGAAAGUUUGUACAAGUAUCAUAUAAUAUAUUCAUUUAUAUUGCUUUUCAUAUAUUGUUUUCCAUAAUGAUUACGAUAACGGACCUACCCGAAGAAAUGGUACAGACAAUUCUGAACUGUAACAUUAUCAGUUUCCAAGAUAUUGUAAAUUUCUUCUCCACGUGCAAGCAUUUCUAUCAAAUGAUCAACGGCGAAAAUAUAUUCUGGCGACGGAAAUUUUAUAAAAGUUGGCCUGAUUUGAAAAACAUUUGUGAAGAAGAGGAGCACAAAGAGUAUCUAGACUUUAAGGAAUUAGUAAGAGCACGAUUAAACUGCAGAAAAGAAUUGCGCCCUUUUUUGACGAAACUGAGCGAAAAGCAUUAUUAUUGCUUUUAUGAAUCUUUGUUGAGUGAAGAUAUUACUUGGCGCAUGUGGUUGGACGAGUAUCGUUAUCGGCGCUACUCGAAAAAAGUAUUUGUCGAGGAGAAAGAGCUUGAUGCAUUAAUGCAUUCUAAUAAAGUGAUACAUCACUUGUAUUAUUAUUUACUUAUGGAUGAGUUAAGAAGUUUAUAUAAACGAUCACAGAGUAAACAUAGGACUGAUCUCACAUAUAUUUAUUAUGGUAAAGAGCUUCUGCCACAUGUGAGGCAUUAUUAUCUAAAACCCAUGUGGCAUGAAUUUAUGAAUCGUCCUAUUAAGCAGCAGAUACUGGAAGAGGCGGCAACUCUUGUUGCACAAUGGUUCCAACCGGAGCAACAUAUGUGUUACUCGUAUGUUACAACGGAGCUGGAGAAUAUUGCACAACAAGUGAUGGAGCGUCUUGAAGUUGUGAAUCCUCAGCAUCAAAUAUUCUCGGUGUCUCGUGAACAGAUCUCGUCUUGGACAUCUAAUAAUAUUGAUAAAGAUCAAUGGAACAACAGUGAUGCAAGACAGAUUUUAAAUAUUCUUUCCGAGAUAUUAUUCGAGAAACAAAUGUUCCAAGGAAUUAAAACUUUUGGGAAUACAGAUUUCCUUCGAAACUACUUAUGUAUAAAUUACGUUUUAAAAGAAAAGUGUGGUUAUAUUGUUCUACUGGCAAUCGUAUUCCAGGCUGUUGCCAGAAGACUUGGGGUAUGCUGUAAUCUGUUGUCUUUUCCUGUACUUGAAGUUUCGACGGAAGAUUAUUGGUUAUUGCAGUGGAAGCCAAAAUGUAAUGUAACAAAUCCUGAUGAUGAGGUUUUGUAUAUCGAUGUCUUACACGGUGGAAUCAUUUUAAAUAAAAAUAACUGGUCCAGAAUUUGUGAGGUUGCACAAUGUUCCAUAAGUUCUGAUGGAUAUUGCAGAAUAAAUUCCUUAGAGCUGACAGCAUAUUUGAGUUACUGUUUUACUGCAACAGGCGAUUUUGUUGACGAUUCUAUUUGUCAUCACAUAAACAUAAACUGGGAGAAUGAAGUUUGUUGGUUUUCGGAGCUUCUAGAUCUCUUAAAACAAAAAGGAAUAUAUAUGCCGAUGACCGAAUCCAUUAUUAUACGCAAUCCAAGCAGAUGCAUCGAUUUUGCACGAGAUAUAGUAACAACCAGGAGCAGAUCUAGGUCAUAUGAAGAACAAUUCGCGCCCGAACCGAAAAAGAGGACACCAGAAAUGAGAUUCGCGGUUGGUAUGAUUGUGAAAAAUGUCGAGUUGGAUCUGACAGGCGUGAUAAUCGGAUGGCUGGACACAAAACCUUGGGAAAUGUAUCCCGAUUCGCCAGACGGAUGUUAUUACAUAGUCCUUUGCGAAGACUUGCCACCUGAAUUUCAAGUGAGUUUGGAGACGGUAGAUAAGCCGGAACCUAUCAAUAACGAUGAAAUUGGCAAAUACUUUUCCAAUUUCAAUGGUAGUUUUUAUACGCCAAAUGAAGUGCUGGCAAAAGAGUAUGCAGAAGACGUGGUAUACUUAACUACUCAUCUGUUACGACAACUUACCCUUAAUAUCAACCCUUAAUAUCACGGAAGUAUUCUUUUUUAAUAAUAUAAUAUUUGUAUAUACACAUAUAACAUUUUUAAUAUUGCUUAUCUCGUUUUUAAUGAUUAGAAAAUUAUAUAAGUCGGAAAAAGUUUGUCGCAUUUUCGCUCUGUUGGAAUAGAUUUAGCUAUGUUAGGAAAAAUCGGUCUCUGUCUGAGGGUUGGUCAGGCAAAUCGAUAUCUAUGGUUGUAUUGGGUGAAACGAUGUCGGUAUUUAUACCGGGCAAGAACAUGCACUUUCCUACCUUACCGAGUUUUGUAUCGGGUUGCAUGUGUCGCCGGUGAUGGCGCAACAAAAUAGAACACGGUAAAUUCUACAUAGCAGGGUUGUAGAUUUUAAAAUUACGUCUACAUGGAUUAUUUACAUUUAAUUUUCUAGAUACUAAUAGAAUGAAGAGAACGAACAUGAUAUUAUAUUAGAAAUAUAUAAAUCUUAUGUAUGAUAUAAAUCUUAUGUAUAUAAA